GUGGAAAUGGUUAUUGAGCUACGGUGAGCUUCUUGUAGGCCAGGAGAUUUGCUCAUCAUCACAUCCCUUACACUGGCCUUAGAGCACAGUGGGAACUCAGCAAAUGUUCCAGGAAGGAAUCUUUCCAUCGACAAAAGUACUUUACAAGAUUAAUGAUAUAUCCAGGGUCUUGAGACAGGGGAGUGAGCUGUCAGAUGUGUGCUUCCCUGGACAAGCUCAGAGCAAGCCUUGCACUAAGAGGGUUUAAGAAGCUUCCGUAUUGUGGCUUUGGAUUUGUGUUCUGACACUUGAAUCUUAGCGUUUGCAGAGCAUAUCUAGAUGCCAGCAACAGCAGAAACAGUCAUAGGAACGGCCUGCCUCCCAGACUCCCUCUGUAACAGUUUUUCUGUCACGAAGGUUGUGGGAAAUGGAGGUGAGGACCCACAGUUCUGAGCUCCACCCUCAAACCAUUGCAUAUCUAUCUGCUCACGACCCCGCUGUGGUUGAGGAGGACUGGAAGGCUUGGAGACCGCGCUUACAAACCGGAGCUGGUCAGGUAGUGGAUCACAACGUCCCCACUAAAAACUGUUGGGUGCCUCAGUUUCCCCGCCUGUGCAAAGUGCAGUGUACAGAGGGCACUGUCCUGAAGGACCAAGACCACGCACAUCUGGGAGCACUGGGAAAGGAGCAAGUCAGGUUAAGGUGUUUCCAGCCAGGUCUCCACGCGAGGCAAGGCGGAGCGGAGGGGGUCGCAGAGCUGAUGCCAGGUGAGGUGCGGACUCCACGCCUUGUGGCAGAGAGGUCCUGGAGUCCUUCUUUGCUCGAGUGGAGAACUGGACAGCAACCCGAGCCAAGGGCAGACCCGGCGGCGGGGCUGGGAGGGGCGAGUCUGGGCGACGCGCCUGCGGUGCUUUCAGCCGCAGCUCAGGGCGCUGGGGGCGGGAAGAGGUGGAGCCAGGUGGGGAGGAGCAAAACCCAGAGGCCUCGGGCACCGCGGGCAGAGCCAGAGUCGCUGGAACCCGAGCCCCGGCACGCUGCCUCGGGAGAGCCCGCCGUCCAAGCAGAAAACAGCCGCUGCUGCGGGAGCCGCCGCCUGAUUUCAGUACACAGUGGGGGAGAAAGGCUAGUGACGCCGGGGACCGGGUCACGGAUUCUCCUUCAGUUCGGGAGCUGCCAGGUUGCCGGUGCUGGCCCAGCCGCCCCAGUAGCGCCUAGUCGGACCCGUCCCUCGCGUCCCAGUUGCACCAUGGAUCCUUCGGAGAAGAAGAUAUCGGUGUGGAUCUGCCAAGAGGAGAAGCUGGUGUCCGGCCUCUCUCGCCGCACCACCUGCUCAGACGUGGUGCGGGUGCUUUUAGAGGACGGUUGCCGGCGGCGGCGCGGGGAGCCGCUCCGGGAGCUGGACCGCGAGAUCGACCGCUACGAGGCCAAGGUUCACCUGGACCGCAUGCGGCGGCACGGAGUCAACUACGUGCAGGAUACGUACCUAGUAGGUACUGACAUCGACCUCGACGGGCCGACUCCUGGGGAGGAGCCCGAGGAGGCGACGUUGGCAGAGAAGGGGACCGAGGCGGUGGCAGCCCUGGACCUGGACGGCGAGGCUCAGGCGGCCGCGCUGGAGGAGUUGGCGCAGCGCUGCGACGACCUGGUGCGGCUGCAGGAGGAGCGCGCCCAGCAGGAGGAGUUGCUGGAGCGUCUGUCCUCCGAGAUCCAGGAGGAGCUGAACCAGCGGUGGAUGAAGCGGCGCAGUGAGGAGCUGGCGUCUCGAGAGGAGUCCCCGGAGCCUUACGGUGGACCUGAUGGUGAGCUGCUGCUGGAGCAGGAGCGGGUCAGGACGCAGCUCAGCACCAGCCUUUACAUCGGGCUGAGGCUCAGCACGGACCUGGAGGCCGUCAAGGCUGACUUGGAUUACAGCCAGCAGCAGAGGGACAUCAAGGAGCGUGAGCUACAGGGCCUUCUCCAGACUUUGCGCACUUUGGAGCAGACAGUGGUGAAUGAUGGGGCUCUGGGUUCAGGUGGACCCUCGCGGGAACCCCAGCCUCAGACCUGUGCAGAGAUGUGGGUAGACCAGGCCCGGGGACUGGCUAAGAGCUGCCCUGGCAACGAUGAGGACUCAGAUACUGGGCUGAGCUCUAUGCACAGCCAAGACUCGGACUCGGUACCCCCUGUGUGUGAAUCCCUUGUGUAGUAGUAGUAGUAGGGAGUCAGCCUAGAGGCUUACAGCAUGCACAGGCCCGGCCUGCUCAGGGACAUGAAGUGUGGUCGUGGGAUGAGCUUAGAGUUCCCACGGGUGGGUCUGAAGAGUGGAAAGGACACCUGCUAGGCAACAUGCUCCUCUGACUCAGGAUGAGUGUGGAGGAGGGUCAGAGACAAGGAAGCCCUAAACUUCCUAAGCUUCCCGGGAAAAGGAGUCAGGAGGUGAGAACCCCUCCCUAUUUUUAGAACACCUUAGGUAAAUCGACGAGGUCCAAGCCCAUUUUCAAAACAAGAUAAAAGAAAAAUAUUAUGAAUGUUUUAACCACUCCUCUGUAUGGGAAGGACUGAUGACAGCUAGAACUAUGGUCUGUGGCAUAAAGAGCUGGUAAAAGAAAACACUUGGAUGAAAAGGAAAUUCCUUGAAUGUUAAUUGUGACUGGAAACGUGUUAAAACUAGCCAAAGAGGACGCACUAGUGUUGGUCUCUGCCUUGCUUAACAUCUUUGAUAAAACCCAUAGGCACCAAAACUCUAGCUGUUUACAUUUCUUCAGGUUUGGGAAUUACCCAUCUGCUAAAUCAUUUGCCUUUUAUUUCUGUCAAAGGCCAAACCGCAUUGAAAUCUAAGGCUGUGUUUCUGCCUACUUAAUGCAAUGUGUUAAAAGCCCUCCCCCCAAUCCUCUCCUGGACUCCACCCCAAACAUAGCCCCUUUGAAUUAUAAAAAUCCUGGCACACAUAAUCCAGGGUAGAAAUCUAAUCUCUACAUUUGGGAUGGGUUUCUGCAAAGGCAGAUGUGCUGUCUUCUAGUUCAUGAUGCCUAUUCAUUGACUAAAUUACAGUUAAGAA